GCUACGCCCAGUGGACGCUGGGGUUCGCCGACCCGCCGGUCUGCAUCGAGACGUGGAGCCGCAGGUUCCGCGUGAAGGCGCUCAACCACAGGGGCGUGCCUCUUGUGUGCGUCAUAGCGGAGGCCCUCAAAGCGUCCGACGCGCUGGUCGACGUCAAAGUCGAUGUCGACAGCAUCGAGGGUCAGGUCAAAAAGGCGGAGGGCUUCUUCCCGGAGGAGGAGCGGUCCAAGCAGCCGAGCAUGUUCUCGCUCGUGCGUUCCAUCGUGGAUGUCUUCAGCUCGGAGGAGGAGACGCCCACCUGGGGCUGUACGGCGCCUUCGGGUACGACCUUGCCUUCCAGUUCGAGGACAUCCGGCUGCAUCAGCAGCGGGACCCGACGGCCCGCGAUCUGGUGCUGUAUAUCCCCGACGAGAUCUUGGUGAUCAACCACCAGGCGCAGCAGUCGUACAGGCUAAAGUACGACUUCAUCCUGAAGGGCGCCUUCGGGAUGAAGAGCACCAAGGGACUACCCCGCGAGUCCCCGCAGGUGCCGUUCCAGCCCCGCACGGAGCUGCCCGCGAACGUCUCGGCCCGCGAGUUUGCCCCUGGCGAGUUCGCCAAGCUGGUGGACAAGGCCAAGGUGAAGUUUGCCCGCGGGGACCUCUUCGAGGCGGUCCUCUCCCAGACGUUCCGUGAGCCGUGCGCGUCCCUGCCCAGCGAGAUCUUCGAGCGGCUCCAGCAGCGGAAUCCGGCCCCCUACGGCUUCCUGAUGAACCUGGGCGAGGCCGAGUACCUGGUGGGGGCGUCGCCGGAGAUGUUCGUGCGCGUCGAGAGGAACCUCCAGGGCAUGCGCUGCGAGACGUGCCCCAUCAGCGGCACCAUCCGCCGCGGCAAGAACGCGCUGGAGGACGCAGAGAACAUCAGGACCAUCCUCACGGACCCGAAGGAGGACUCCGAGAUCACGAUGUGCACGGACGUGGACCGCAACGACAAGUCCCGCAUCUGCGAGGCGGGCACGGUGCAGGUCAUCGGCAGGCGGCAGAUCGAGAUGUACAGCCGCCUCAUCCACACCGUGGACCACGUCGAGGGCUACCUGCGCCCCCAGUUCGACGCCCUGGACGCCUUCCUCGUGCACAUGUGGGCGGUGACGGUGAUGGGGGCGCCGAAGACGUGGGCCAUGCAGUUCGUGGAGGACUUCGACCGAGAGGUCGCAGCGCCGCUGGUACGGGGCCUCGGUCGGGCACGUGGCCUUCGACGGCCACCUGAACACAGGGCUGACCCUCCGGACCGUCCGCAUCCACCACGGCGUGGCGGAGGUGCGGGCCGGGGCCACGCUGCUCUUCGACAGCGUCCCAGAGUCGGAGGAGAAGGAAACCGAGCUGAAGGCCUCGGCUGCCCUGAGCGCCGUGACGAACAAGGCGCCGCCGCAGGCGAGCGGCGCCUCGGCGGAGGCGCCCGCUGCGAAGCCCGCGGGCGGGGACGGCAAGCAGGUGUUGCUCAUUGA